AUGGCAUGGCUCGCACGAUGGAUGCUCAUCAGCACGGUGCUGUGGAUCACAUAUGGGUAUGUGCUCGCUCUGAAUAUGAGUGAGAAGACGCUCACGUCGAUCCUCGAAGCAGAUGGAUCUGCUUACCUGGACCUGGCUUCGCCGACUUCGCUUCUCUCCCAGCUUCUCCGGCCCCGUGUGCCAGGUACAGAGAACCAUACACUCGCUCGUGAAGCGAUUAUUGAGGCUUUCGGCAAGAUGGUAGAUGUAUCAGGGCGCCCGAAAUGGCAUGUGGAAACGAUCCCUUUUGAGGCCCAGACACCGCUAGGCCCAAUCAACAUGACCAACAUUGUCAUGACGCGUGACAGGUACGCACCACGCAAGCUUGUCCUGGCUGCCCACUACGAUUCAAAAUACUAUCCGAAGGAAGCGCCCGAGUAUGGGUUUAUUGGUGCUACAGACAGUGCGUUCCCAUGCGCGCUGCUGGUGGAUAUUGCCAUGGCUCUGGACGUGCACUUGGACAACUAUACACAACAUCAAGCUAUGGCCCGUGAGGCUUGGGAGCCAUUGGCGGACGAUACUACCCUCCAGUUUCUUUUCCUCGACGGCGAAGAAGCGUUUGAGAAAUGGUCGCGCCAAGACUCUGUCUAUGGGGCACGACACUUGGCAUCGCUGUGGGCCGAGACAUGGGACGAGCCGGCUUGGGACGCCGCACAUGUCCCGCGGCAUACUGUCGGACGCGCGGCGCCUGUGCGCCGCAUACAAACCAUGAACCACUUUGUGCUGCUGGACCUGCUAGGUACAGCCCAGCCUCUCGUACCCUACUAUUUCCCUAUGACGCGCCAUCUGCACGAACAAUUGCAACACAUCGAGGCGCGGUUGGUUGAUGCCAAUCGGCUCUGGGAGCCAGGCUCACGACAUCCUCGCAUUUUCCAGCCCUACCAAGGACCUCUCUCCAUCGACGAUGAUCAUACCCCCUUCCUUGAACAGGGCGUUCCUAUUUUACACUUGAUUCCCUGGCCCUUCCCGAAAGAAUGGCAUACCAUUCACGACAAUGCAGAGGCAUUGGACCCUCUCACUAUGCAAGCAUGGUCGAAACUCAUGCGUGUAUUCACCGCCGAGUAUUUGGGCUUUGCGUAA